AUGUCCCCCCACAAGCACAUCACGCUCUACACCAGUCCAUUCUCGCCGAACGGUUGGAAGGUCGCGCUGGUCCUCGAGGAACUCGGUCUCAAAUACGACAGCGUCUACCUAGAUCUAUUUAAGGAAGAACAGCUGGCACCGGAGUUUACGAAGCUCAAUCCCAAUCAGAAAGUUCCGGUCCUUAUCGACCAUUUGAACGACGACUUUGUUCUGUUCGAAUCCAAUGCAAUCAUUCUCUAUCUGGUUGAGCAGUACGAUCCGGACUACAAGAUUUCGGCGCGAGGAAAGGAGAAGCAGCUCGUAUCACAAUGGCUAUUUUCGCAAGCUUCCGGACAAGGACCCUCCUGUUGGCAACUCUUCUACUUCCAUCAGUGUAGUCCAGAGAAGGACCUGAAGGCGCAGGAACGUUAUAAAGAUGAGAUCCUACGUGUUCUGAGCGUGUUGAACAAUGUGCUCAGCAAGCAAGCAUGGCUCGUAGGAGGGCGGAUGACCAUCGCCGACAUAUCAUUUGUACCGUGGAACAUUGUGGCGUUCUCCUCCCUUGCUGCUCUUGGGGUUAAGGUACAAGAUGAAUUCCGUUCAGUGUACAGAUGGCACACUGCGUUAACAGCACGCCCGGCUGUUAAGAAAGUCCUCGAGAUCACCGCCACGCUGCAGAAGCCUUGAUGCGUCGGAAUAGGGAUGAUGUCUAUAUGGUAAUACUUCGUAUAUAUGUAUUGUAAUGUACAGUUGGAGCUUCCCGAUAUUAUGAUGUACUUGGUUUACG